GAUACCAUUCCAACCACGAUGAGGGACCUGAAUCCACCGCCGAGUCCUGCCUCACCUAGCAACGAGACUACCUUGUCGUCUGUAUCCGACUAUGACUUCGUCCAUGACCUCAGCAACUUGUUAUGCGAGAUGGAGUAUCUCAAUAAAACAAAGAUGUUUAUCGACAGAGGAGUGAGUUUCUGCAAUGCAUCGCACGAUAAACUGCUAUGCUGGCCGCCGAUAGAAGCAGGAGAUAACGUGAGCAUCCCAUGUCCGCCGCGAACAUAUCCGUUCAAAGCAACUCGGUUUUGCUUGGACACAGGGGAAUGGGCUGCCUUCACACAUUACAAUGACUGUCACACAUUCAUAUUUCCGGAACAGCCAACGAGUCCUACUUUCUACCUUGCUCUCCGGUACGUUUACCUGAUCGGCAUCACGCUGUCCCUCGUCCUUCUUCUCAUCACCCUCUUCAUAUUCUGCUACUUUAAGGCGUUGCAAUGCACUCGUAUCGCCAUCCACAAGAACCUCGUUGUAUCGUUCAUCUUUAGAUAUAUUCUGAUGAUAAUACAACUACAACCUCUUCUUACCAUGGAUUACAGCACUGAAUUUCAGCUAAGUUCGUCCAGUUUUCAAGAUGACAACAAAAAUGACUUCGUUCUCCAUAAAGUUCCUGGAUUUUGUCGGUUAAUCCUUGUUCUGCUAGAGUAUUUUAGUAUGGCCAACAUGUACUGGAUGUUUGUAGAAGGCCUCUACCUAACCAGCCGGAUUGCUGUCGCCGUCUUCAGCACCGAAUCCAACUUCAAAAUAUACCUUGCCAUCGGUUGGGUUUCUCCGCUUCUGUUCACCAUACCGUGGGCUAUCGUGAUGGGCUAUCACAGCUCUUCCCCCUGCUGGGUCGACUAUCUUGAUACAGCAUACAUAUGGAUCCUCAGAGCUCCUCUAAUAGCUGCAUUGGUGAUAAACACUUUAUUCCUGAUCAACAUCAUACGGAUUCUCAUUACCAAGUUACAGGCCAGUAACACCAUGGAAACUAACCAAAUGAGGAAAGCGACGAAAGCUGUUGCGGUCCUGUUUCCAUUGCUUGGUUUGACCAAUCUUAUUUUCUUCUGGCAUGGGAACAGUGAGAACGAGACAGAGAUGAAAGCAUUUACUGUAACUAAUGCCGUCCUACAAUCAACACAGGGUGUUUUUGUGGCGGUGAUCUACUGUUUCUUGAAUACAGAGGUUCGGAAGCUGGUCAAACGCAAGGUGUUGGCAAGUCUGGACGAGUAUGGCAAGCGAACUCCUCGUCGAAGUCAUCAGUACCAUACGACCAACGGCUCGUGCGGAGUGCCUACCACAUCAGAGGUCGUCAUGGCGGUGUCGUAUCGGCGGAGUACGCAUGAUCAGUCAACGAUAGCUGACCCAGAACAGUACACGGAAAUGAAACCUUUUACUUCCGAGUGCGGCGAGAGUUGAGCAACCAGAGUUUGGACAUAGCUUUGAAUAAAGACAGAGACUAAGGAACUGUACUUGUAGGGUCAAUUCCGAUGCAUCAAGGAUCAAAUGCUGUUUUUGAAAGAUAUCCCUUGCCAAAUAUAUGUUUGUGAUGCACUUCACUGUAGCGGAAAAGCUGAUAGGACUUGUAUUUAUUGUAAAUAUAAAUUAUUAUCGUAACGAUGAAAAAGACAUUGGCGCACUACUUAUGAAAUUGCCUGUACAAGUGCUGAAUCUACAGACUUUCGUAUGUCGUUUGGAAGAGUAAGAGGUACCGUACCUCUUGAGCCGCGCUGGACGCCAUUUUGUUUCUCUUGACAGCUGAAGGAUUGACAAUCAUUGGUUCGUAAUUCCAUGGAUAUUCAACCCUCUUGGACUUGUUUUUUUUACUGUCGAAUGUUAUGUAUAUUGUCAAUGAUACAAGUAGUACCGUUAAUCAAUAUUCCGAUGUUUAUUUAAAACUAAAAAUGUGGAGAUUUUUUGUGUGAUAAAAAA